CUUAUUUCCUCACACACAACACAUCCAUUGAAAACAAAGUAACUAGUAAUUAAUAGUCAUGGCUAAGUUUUCAACCAUCAUCACUUUUAUAUUCGCUGCCCUUGUUCUGUUUGCUGUUUUUGAAGCACCUACAAUGGUGGAAGCACAAAAGUGGUGCGAGAAGCCAAGUGGGACAUGGUCAGGAAUAUGUGGAAGUAACGAUGCGUGCAAGAAUCAGUGCAUUACACUCGAGGGCGCACAACAUGGAUCUUGCAACUAUGUCUUCCCAGCUCACAUGUGUUACUGUUACUACCCAUGUUAAGCAUCAUAUAUCUUUGGUGCUACAUAUAUAUCUUUGGUGCUACAUGUUCUGUGUGUGUCUUCGUUAAAUAAGUCUUGUUUCAUUCCACAAGUUAUAUCACAUGACUUGUACACUGUAAUACUGUAUUUUUGUGUUCGUUGUUAUAAUAACGUAAGGUUAUAUGUACCACAAUAAAAAGCACCUAAAAUAUAUACAAUAUAAAUAAAAUUUGGUCUUGAAAAUUCA